AUGGUCAGGAAGUUGGAAGAUGCACCACGCAAUAAGGGGCGUGUGCUACUGAUGAAAGACACAGCAGCUGCCAUGCUCGUAGCGGUGAAGCAGGUUCCGACCUGGUGGAUGCUGCACAACCAGAGUGAGUUCAAGAGCACUUAUCCAUUUGAGACGGAGAUGCCCUGGAUGGAUGUGGCGUAUUCAGCAUUUCUGAAUCAGGUUGGAUAUCACUGGGCAUGUGAGCUGCUGGGCGUCUACCGUGACGAGACUUGCACCUACAUUGCCUCUUAG